AGCUCCUGUCACCUAAAAGAGGCGUUUCCUCACGUCAAAUGCGAUGUGAUAAGUGAAAGGAUUCCCGCUGACCCAUAAUCUGUUGCUGUGCGUGGACAUCGAUUAUUGCAAGUAAUGUCGGACUCCGUUAAAAACGUCGCAAUAUUUGGAGCCACGGGAAUGACCGGGCUGGCGACUCUGCCUCAAGCGGUGGCUGCAGGAUACAAUGUGACGGUGCUGGUGCGGGACCCCGCCAAGCUGCCUGCUGACCACAAGGCAUCCAGAGUGGUGGUGGGUGAUGUCCUGAAUAAAGAGGAUGUGAAGAAGACGAUGGAGGGUCAGGACGCUGUUAUCAUCAUCCUGGGCACUAGGAACGACCUCAGCCCGACCACUAUGAUGUCUGAAGGCACCAAGAACAUUGUAGAAGCCAUGAAGGCUCGUGGGAUCCGUAAAGUGAUUGGCUGCAUGUCAGCCUUCCUGCUAUGGGAUCGCUCCAAAGUCCCGCCCCGUUUGGUUCCUGUGACCGAGGACCACGACAGGAUGUACACUGUGCUCAAAACAUCAGGGCUGGACUAUGUGGCCGUCAUGCCUCCUCAUAUUGCUGGCGACCUUCCUCUGACAGAGCAUUACAUGGUGACGGAGAACAUGCUAAAAGGAAGAGCCAUCUCUAAACACGACCUGGGACAUUUCUUCGUCAAGUGUUUGUCCACCUCAGAGUGGGACAGCAAGACGGUUGGAGUGUGCGGAGAGUACAAAUAAUCCUGAAUGACACACUGCUGAGGCCUUUCAGAUGGUGAUGGGUGUAAAUCUCUUCCUGUCACUGAUUGCUGUUGUUUAUUCCCAUCAAAAUACACAUAACAAAAUACAAGGUGUUCCAUUUGAUAAACCACUAAUGCUCUCCUAUUUUCACUUCCAUGUUUAUGAUUAAGGAGCUUUCGCUUGCACUGCUUGUUUUUUUUUUUUACUAACUUCUGUUUUGUGAUCAAUUGUGAUACAGUGUUGGAACACUGGAGAUAUUUUAAAUCAAAUGCCAAACCUGUACUGCCACUUCAGCUGUAGCUGUUUGCGUUUCUUUACAUCAGUUUUGUCUGUUUACAUUAACAACUUUAUGAUGAAUUUAUUUCCCAUCAUCAAACAUUUUCUUAUGUGAUGCUUAAUGUUACUGUUCUGAUUUACGGAAGGCCAUUUUUUAUUUGCUGUUGAAAAUAAAAGACUUGUACAAAAGGUUGUGCUCUUAUGA